AUGUCGUUGGUCUCGCCGCCGCCGCCGCCGCCGCCGCCGCCUCCCGCCGCCGCCGCCGCCGACCCACCUCUCAGCGUCGACAUCGUGAUCAUUGGCGCGGGCCUGUCCGGUCUCACCGCCGCCGCCUACCUCAAGAAGGAGGGCAUCGAGUCGUUCCUCGUCGUGGACGAAGGCGCUGUCGGCGGCACGUGGCGCGAUCACGCCUUCCCAAACGCCGGGACCGACACCGAGGUGCCGACCUACUACCCAUCCUUCCUGCCGACGCCCGAGACGUCCUCGCAGUAUGGGAAGCGCGACGAAAUCAUGUCGUACUUCAAGCGCGUCGCAAAGGAGCAGAUCGGCGAGCACAAGUUCCUGUGGGGCGUCAGCGUCGCGUCAGCAAAGUUUGAUGGCAGCUGGUGGGCGCUGUCGGACGCUUCCGGCACCACCACCCUGCGGUGCCGCUUCCUGAUGCCGGCCAUCUACUCCAUCUCCUGCAAUGAGAUUGUCCUCGACGUUGGCACCUGCGAAGUAAUGAACAACCGGCAGUGCGUCAUAUGGCGCUAUGAUAGCCCUGCGGUGGACGUCCUCGACGCAGACGAGGCGGAGCUCAUCUGCGCGGCGCAGAUCCGGAGAUCGCCGACUGUCUCUCUCUCCUGCGCGAGUGGUUGCACCACCCUGGAUGAGGCAUCUGGGCUGGGGCAGGGCCGUUAG